GCCAAAGUCACAGUAGAGUAAAGGCAGCGGAUACUUGCUCUGUUUAACUGGACAAACACAAGUUACUCAGGAUCUUAAGUUUCCCAUGUCAAGUGUUUCUACUUCCUACUGACUCUCUGUGAGGUCCAAACUAAUGGCCAAUUUUGAUGCCCAGCUUCUUUUGCCAUUCUACAUUCUCACCUUCUCGAUCGGCCUCCCCGCCAACAUUCUGGCCUUCUUUACAUUCUGCCGAAAGGUCCACCGCAAGCCUACCCCGAUCGAUAUUCUCCUGCUGAACCUGACAGUAUCUGACCUCAUCUUCCUCAUGGUCCUGCCCUUCAAGAUGAAAGAAGCUAUCGACGGUAUGAACUGGAACCUGCCGUAUUACUUGUGUCCCAUUAUUAGUUUUCUUUUCUUCUCCACCAUCUACACCAGCACAUUGUUUCUAACAGCGAUCAGCAUAGAGCGCUACCUGGGCGUCGCAUUUCCAAUCCGAUACGCGCUAGGACGACGGCCACGCAACGCUGCCAUUGCAAGUUUCUUCCUUUGGCUUCUGGGCUUUCUUAACCUCAGCAUUGUGUACAUAGUGCCAAACAUCAACUCAAGUAACCCCACGAAUCAAGAUAACGUGGAAAUAAUGUGCUAUGAUAACUUCACCCAAGAGCAGCUUGAAAUUCUACUUCCUGUUCGCCUGGAACUUUUUCUCAUGCUCUUUUGCAUACCCCUCCUCAUCUGCUGCUUCUGUUAUAUAAACUUUAUUCGAAUUCUAUCUAAUCUGCCCCACCUGGGACGACGUCGUAGACUCAGGGCCAUUGGACUUGCAGUUGGGACGCUGCUGGUUUUCACGCUCAGUUUCAGCCCGUAUAACAUCUCACAUGUAGUCGGUUAUAUCCAUGGUAAUAGUGAGGGGUGGCGCAAUUUUGCUUUAAUUUCUAGUACCCUGAAUGCAUGUUUGGACCCCAUCAUCUUUUACUUCUCCUCGGCCGCUGUCAGGAGUGCCAUAAGAGCCUGCGCUAAUGGUUUAAGGGACAAGCUGCACAUUGUGAGAUACAGACGGUUUCAAUGCUGCCCCCUGCUGGAGACCUCCAGGACUGAGGCCAACAGAGACACAAAUCCACCUAUGGACCUGAAAUGA